GGGCUGCUGCGCCUGCGCGGUGGGCGUCCUCGGGGAGCAGCUGCUUUCGCUGCCGCCGCCUCUGCCUUUGCCGCCGCGUUCCGCUGUGGAGAUCCGCGUCCCCGCGCCGGGUGAACAAUGAAGCAGAGUUCCAACGUGCCAGCCUUCCUCAGCAAGCUGUGGACGCUGGUGGAGGAAGCCCACACCAACGAGUUCAUCACCUGGAGCCAGAAUGGUCAGAGUUUUUUGGUCUUGGAUGAACAGAGAUUUGCAAAAGAAAUUCUUCCCAAGUACUUCAAGCACAAUAACAUGGCAAGCUUUGUGAGGCAGCUGAACAUGUAUGGUUUCCGUAAAGUAGUGCACAUCGACUCUGGAAUUGUAAAGCAGGAAAGAGAUGGUCCCGUUGAAUUUCAGCACCCUUACUUCAAACAAGGCCAGGAUGACUUGUUGGAGAACAUUAAAAGGAAGGUUUCAUCUUCAAAACCAGAAGAUAAUAAAAUUCGUCAGGAAGAUUUAACAAAAAUUAUAAGUAGUGCUCAGAAGGUUCAGAUAAAGCAAGAAACUAUUGAGUCCAGGCUUUCAGAACUAAAAAGUGAGAACGAGUCCCUCUGGAAGGAGGUAUCAGAACUAAGAGCGAAGCAUGCGCAGCAGCAGCAGGUCAUCCGAAAGAUUGUCCAGUUUAUUGUUACACUGGUUCAGAAUAACCAGCUUGUGAGCUUAAAACGUAAGAGGCCUCUACUUCUAAACACUAAUGGAGCCCAAAAGAAGAAUCUGUUUCAACAUAUCGUCAAAGAACCAGCUGAUAAUCACCACCACAAAGUCCCACAUAGUAGGACUGAAGGUUUAAAGCAAAGGGAGCGGGUUUCAGAUGACAUCAUCAUUUAUGACGUCACUGAUGAUAAUGCAGAUGAGGAAAAUAUCCCAGUUAUUCCGGAAACAAAUGAGGAUGUUAUAUCUGAUCCCUCCAACUGCAGCCAGUACCCUGACAUUGUCAUUGUUGAGGACGACAAUGAGGAUGAAUACGCACCUGUCAUUCAGAGCAGCGAGCCGACAGACUCGACCAGAGAGUCCCCGAGUCCAGGCGGUGAUGGCAGCAGCCCUCUCAUGUCCAGUGCUGUCCAGCUAAAUGGGUCCUCCAGUCUGACCACGGAAGACCCUGUGACCAUGAUGGACUCCAUUCUCAAUGACAACAUUAACCUUCUGGGAAAGGUCGAGCUGCUGGACUACCUCGACAGUAUCGACUGCAGCCUGGAAGACUUCCAAGCCAUGCUGUCGGGCAGACAGUUUAGCAUCGACCCGGACCUCCUCGUUGAUCUUUUCACUAGUUCUGUGCAGAUGAAUCCCACAGAUUACAUCAAUAAUACAAAAUCUGAGAAUAAAGUACUGGAAGCUACCAAGAAUAAUGUUGUUCAGCCAGUUUCUGAAGAAGGAAGAAAAUCGAAGACCAAACCAGGUAGAUAUAGAGACAAGCAGCUCAUCCAGUACACGGCAUUCCCCCUGCUGGCCUUCCUCGAUGGGAACCCCGCAUCCGCCGUGGAGCAGGGGAGCAUGACAGGCCCGGCAGAGGCUGUGUCCUCUGCAGAUAAACCCAUAGAAGUGGAUGAGCUCUUGGAGAGCAGCCUGGACCAGGAACCAACCCAGAGUAAGCUCGUGCGCUUGGAGCCAUUGACUGAGGCGGAAGCCAGCGAGGCCACCCUGUUCUAUUUAUGUGAACUGGCUCCGGCGCCGCUGGAUAGUGACAUGCCCCUCCUAGAUAGUUAAAUCCCCAGGACUCGGACUCAGUGUGUAUAUAUUCAUCAAAAUGAUGAACUAUUUAUUUUAAAGUAUCAUUUGGUACUUUUUUUGUAAGUUGCUUUGUUUUGUUCUAAUCAAAUACUGUGGAAUAAAAGCACCUUUUGCUUUUCUCACCGCACAUUUUUGCGAGCUUUCAGGUGUUACUCAGCUGCCCAGGUAUAGUUUCAUGCACACUCUUGGUGUAUUUUUCAGUUGUUCAAAUUCCAGUUUUUUUCCAGUUGCAGUAAUUUGGAUUUAUUUUUUACCAAUGUGACCAUUAGCCCAGUUAAACUUUGGUUGCUUUACUUGUUCCAUGCUGUCUGUGUUCAAGUGUAAGUCACUAAACUAAUCGAGCUCUCUCUUUUACCUUCAUUAAAUAUUGCCCCUUGGCUUAUUUUAAAAACUGGAAACAUAAAGUGCCUGUAUCUUGUAAAACUUUGAUUUGUUUCAAUCCAGAGAAGUUCAUUUAUGUUCAGAGAAGCUCAUCCAUGGCUGCAGGUAGGGCGGUCUGCACAGCGCCCUCCCUGGCAGCCUCGCCCAGCUCCUUGGGAGCCAGCGUGGGCCCGGCCGGUGGAGCCACCCCAGCCGCAGAGGCGGCUUGUGUUCAGUGAAGUUUCUGGUUUGUGUUUUUUUGAACCACACUAUUUAGUAAAAUAAAUAUAACGGACGUUGAGUA